ACCCCUUACACACCCACUUGCUUUGCAAACCUGGGAGGCGAUUUCCGUGCUCGCCUGGGCAGAAAUGUCAGGCCCCAAUGGAGAGCCGCACCUGAGCCUGGGGAGGGGCGAGGAAGAGGAGCGGGAGGACGGCGAGGACCACAAUGGCUUCGGGGAGGCAGAAUAUGCAGCUAUAAAUUCUAUGCUGGACCAAAUCAACUCUUGUUUGGAUCACCUGGAGGAGAAGAACGACCACCUGCACGCCCGCUUGAAGGAGCUGUUGGAAUGCAACCGUCAGACACGCCUGGAGUUGCAGCAGCUGAGUGAAGGCGAGGAUGGGGAGAACGACACGCAGAGACCUGAGCCAGACACUUAAUGUCCACCAACCUUGUGUGGGAUAAAAGGAGGUGCAGGCACAUGGUUGCUGCUUCCAGUGGGACCUCCCCUUCACCAUGGGGUUAGUUUGAGUAGAAAAGGUGCUUUUGGUUUGUGUGUUUGUUUUAAAUAUCUCCUACCUGCUCUCCUCUCCUCCGGAGUUGUGGUUAUGGCUGCUUAUGUUGUUAAGCUCUCAAGGAAACGGGGUCUGCUUGUUUGUGAAGGGUAGAGGGCAAGAACUGGAUAGGUCUAAGCUGAAUCACACGUCAGGAUUUACGUUGAGCUGUGUCCUUUCUGGAUGAAUUUACCAUGUCAAGAAUUGGGAGGCUCUUGAGGAAAAUCUGAUUCCCAAGGUUGCUAGCCCCUAGUUCUGUCUGGCUAGAAGUAGUUCCAUGAUGAGAUACAUGAAACAAGUCUCCUUAGUUUUGACAGAAAUUGUUGGUUGUUAGCAGGGCCGUCUUAAGCAUAUCCGGCGCUGUGGUGCAAAGAUCCCUCUGGCGGCCCUACACCCCCCCCCCGUUUCCCAGAGCACGUAUAGGAUUUUUUUUUAGGGAGCUGACACCACGCUUACACAUUAUCUCUAACAAGCCCUUAGAACAAAAUAAAAUGAAAAGGCAGAAGAUCUAGUGAAGUCCUCAAUUCCAAAACAAGACUCAUUCAAGAUUCAGCUGCUGUUCUUCUAAUUCAUCCUCAUGAUUCAAAUCAACACAUAUCAAAAAGUUAAAGCGAUCACCAGUUUGUUGUUCUUUAAAUAAAUUGAUAAAUACACAGAG